CCGUCUCCCAGACCCCUCGCCAGUAUACCAGAUGCCACUGCUCAAGGCGGUAGGACUCCUCUCUGUCAUUUACUUCGUGGCUGCUCUCCAGGAGGACAGUAACAGCACGGGUGUCAUCGUGUUCCCGGACGAAGACGUCGGAGACCGCAACAUCAUCAAGGUACCCUUGAAACCUUGUCCGGAUGGCCAGCAGAGAAUUGGUGGAAUAUGCAGGCUGGUCUUCUCAAAUCCUGGUCGAUCAGAAAAUUAAACGGAACUAAUCCAUUGAGCAUUUCGACUGGCUGAGAAACUCUUCAACUAGCUGCUCAACACCUCGUGUAUGGAAUACGUCAACCUGUGUGGUAAAGUGUGGUUUGAAGGUGUAUGACAUAUGUGAAUACGAAAGAUUCUCGUUCUAAUUCCACCUAUCAGACAGGCUGAAUAAUACAGUCUCAAGAUACAAUAUAACUGAAACGCUUUGAGUGAGAGUAUCGACAGUUUAGGUCGCAAGAUGAGGUUCUACUCCGUCCUUCUGUUCCUGGUGGCAGGGAUAUUUGGGGACUUGGUUGAUCAAUUAGAAGGAGGUCCCGCAAAAGCCAUCAUAGAUGUUCAAAUUCGACCUAAAUGUGGAGAAGGUCAACGGGAAGACCCGAAGGGGAUAUGUAGAGAAGAGUUUUUUACGUAACUGAUAAGACUGUUGAUAUAUAUGUAUAUGAGAAAUAUAUUUAAACCUUAAACCUAACUAAACAUUAUUAUUAUUAUAUUUUUUAAUUUAAUUAACCUUUGUUUUUAUUAAUAUAAGUUAGGGAAGAGUGUAUAUGUUUGUAAAUGAGAUUUAAUUGAUUUUGGUUAUUACACAAUACAAAGUUUUUUAGAUGUUGUAGUUUAACGUCGUGGAUAUCUCUGAUGCCUAGUUGUAGAUGAAUCAUGCUUCCACAUUAUCAGUUGAAAAAUCCCCACAUUAUACAAUUCUUAACUUGGACGCUGUGGAAUGAGCUUGGUCGACGCCAUCUCUGAUAUCACCAACAUGAUGGUCAAACGUUGUCUCGAUUAUUGUAUUUUAUCAAUGUAUCAUAUUUGUUGUAUUUAUUAUUAUCUUCUAACUAUUAAAUAUAUAUCUAAUUUAUAAUUAAUAUAUAUUAAUAUGUAUAUAAUUAUAUUGUUUGAUUGCUGUUGUCGUUUAUGUAUCGCCUAUAUUUCUUUGGAAAACUAGGAAGUGACAAAGUGUCGAGUGUGCUCAGAUAGAUUUUGCAGUAAACAAAUUCUUUUUCGUUUUGUUGAUUAGACCAGGUGGAUGGGUGAUAGUUAACGUGGGGCAGUUGCUCCCCUUUUAGCAUAGGGAAAAAAUUACAUGAAAAUAAAUGUCUAAAAACUGACAUACAGAUAAAGUUUCAUUGUUGGUAUUUCAGCAUUUUGAAAGAGAUUAUAAGCAAAUUAUGAAGAAUGAUCACCCUCUAGUUGAAAGAUAAUAAUUUAAAAAUGCCUCCCUUUUUAGGGGAAAAUUUUAUUUCCUGGUACUAUGAAUUUAAGUUCAUGUCAGAAUCAAAAAUAUCAAGAAAUACACAAUGUAUAUGUAAGCAAUAAUAAAUUCUACAUCUCAA